AUGGCAAAAUCGACAUCCCCACUCUUGACACCAGGAAAAUCUCUCAUCGCGCUCGUAAACCUAGUAACGCUGUUUGGACCAUACCUAGCAGAUUGGAACAAAACCCACAUCCACAACCCCAACUGGCCCCCACACGCCCGCUACCACAACGGCCAGACAAUGUCCCUGGGCCUCUUUACCGGUCUCAUCACCUACUUUUGCCUCUUCUUCCUUCUUCCUGCUACCUCAUCUCCAACCCAUCAGACCCUUCACUUGAGUUGGGUUUUGGUGUUGCAGAAUUUGGUGUACUUGUCGAGUUUAUCGGGGAUCUUGUAUCCGGGUUCUGGUUGGACGGAUCCAGAGUUUGGAGAGGGGAAGCCGCAGAUGUUUGUUUUUCCGGUGUUGGUUGGGGUGACGUGGGUGGGAUGGUGGGUGGAGAGGAAGAGGAUUGUGAGGGCUGGGAAGGAGAAGGUGUGA